CUUUUCUCCCUCCUUUUUCUCAUUUUAACAUUUUCCCAUCGAAAACGACUCACCAAAUAUUUUCUUUCUCUUCCCCUCACACACACUCACUUUCUCGCUCCUCGAUUUCGCCGGAGCUCCGCUGUCUUCGCCGCCGCAAACUGGGACCUUCUACUACUCUGGGUUUUGGCUGAUGACCGUUCGAUUAGCAGAGUUUUGAAUUCAACGGGUUGGAUUUCGUCGCCGAAUGGAGGGAGGUAGCGUCUCUACUGCCUUAUUUGUUAUGGGAUAUGCCAAUGGAUUAUGAUGACAAUGAUACUUCGCGCCAUAAUCUUCAGUUAGCUGGUGAAGGUAGAUCUAGAUCUUCCACAUUAAGACCUUAUGAUUUUCCAAAGUUUGAUUUUGAUGACAGCCUCCAAGGACAUUUGAGAUUUGAUAGUCUUGUUGAAACUGAGGUUUUUUUGGGUAUCCAAAGUCAAGAAGAUAACCAGUGGAUAGAAGAUUUUUCCCGAGACAGUAAUGGAAUGAAGUUCAAUUCAACUCCAGCUGAUUCAUGCUCUAUAUCUAGACGAAAUAAUGUUUGGUCCGAGGCAACAUCCUCAGAAUCUGUUGAAAUGCUUUUAAAAUCUGUUGGUCAGGAAGAGAUGAUGCCUGAAGCGUCGAUUUUACUAGAAUCGGAUGCUACUCACGAUCAAGGUAUUCCGAGUAAACAUGGGGAAACAGGUACUACACUAAAAGAAAGCAAUGAUGCAGAUGUUGUAAACCCUGAUGCUGCAUUACGGUCUGGUGAUGUUCUUGAAGAUUCUCCAUCUUCCGGAAGGCAUAUGGUAGGGCAGUUGGAGGACCCUUCAGCUACCCAUGCAACGAUCGAAUCUGCAUGUGGAGAUUCUAGUAAUGUCAAUCAAAGUGCUUUGUGUGACAAUGGUAGAACAUCAACAAAUGAAGUUGUGCAUUCUUAUCAUGAUUUAUGUGCUGGUGAAAAAUUAAAAGAAUCCCAAAUUUCUGUUGAGAAGACUAUGAACUCUGGGGCCGUAGGAGAUUCUUUGAGUUUGGUAGAUGAAGGUAAUAAUGUCGCUCCUAAUAUUGGGAUUCUUGGCACCUUAAAAACCCCUCUACAAGGAAAACUUAAUGCUUCUCAUGAAAGCUGCAGUAAUGUUGGACAAGAAAGUCAGGUUUCCAGCAUGACUGCACUAGAAGACACUGCUAUUUUGGAAGGAAAGGCAGGUGUCGCUAGUACUAAUAUCUGUACUGUGAGCAACUCUCCUAGUUUGACUUCAGAAUCUGGAAGGGACUGUCAGGAGGCAAGUCGUCAUUUUUUCCGAGAUUCUACAAAUAACUCAGUUAAAGGAGAGUCUGAGCUGAAAUCUUUGAAAGGAGAUGAUGAAAACACUUCCACUUCAAAUCAGACUUUGAGACCUAAAAACGUUUUUUCUGCAAGUAAAGAGGCGAAUGAGCCAUUUGACGAUGAUCAGGGUCGGUCAUCAAUGGAUUUUACCCUGCAUCCUGCUGAGUUAGGCAGCCUACAUUCUGGACAUUUUGCAAUUACUGAGCAAGAUAUGGAUGUUACUGGGCAGUUGCCUCACAAAAAGGACAAUAAUAACAAGGAAAAUGUAUCAGCAUUACCAUUGAAUCAUGAUAGUAUGUCUGGGAUGCCUUUGCUUUCCAAUGAUGACAACGGAGUUUCAGUGAAAAAAACUGAUUUUAUUGGUGAAACUGAUCUUGGUAAUUCAUCUAAUGUGGCAGCUUUGUCUUAUGCUGCUGAUCACAAGCAUACAGAAGAUGUUGAAGGAUCUCAUAGAGAGUCUGUAGUCACUGGAGAGGAAUCUGCUGCUAAUGUAUUUUCUCACGGUAAGGAUGUUUCCAUUCAAGGGAUUCAGGAAGUUCAUAGGCAAGCUGAUUUUUCUGGAAGCGAGAAGGAUGAUUGUAAAACAAAUGAGGCAGAUAAAGAAGUGUCUACUGAGCUUGGGAAUAUUGAAUCUGUGAAUGCCGGAACUGCAAAAUUUGACCAGAGAACUCAGCCUCUUGAAAUAGGUGAAGGGGUUGAAAGUGAUAAUCCCAUUCAUAAGUUUCAGCCUCAGAUUUCUGGCGAACCGGAAUCAGGUACCACACAGUCAAAAAGCGUUUCCCCUCUCGCAAAAACCAGUGCUUCAACUGCUCUAGAUGAUUGCCCUGAAAUUGGACAAAGGGAGCCUCUAGCAGUUGGAUUAUACCAUUCAGCCAAUGAUUGUGAAGAAGCCGGAACGAAGGAAUCUAAUGAUACAAAUAUAGGAGCUGAAGCUGAUAGCACUUCUAAGGUUGAAGUUAGAGCGGCUGAUGAUUCUAAUGGGAUUUCUGAAUUGGCUGCAAAGUCUUCGCAACCUGUAAAUAAAAUUGAUGAUGUUUGCAGCAUUGAACAUUCAUCAGCAGAAGCUAUGAAUUGUUUGUACUCUGAUCAUCUGCAGGUUAUCUCUGAUAGCAAUACGAAGUCAAGUUUGAAGGAGAGUGCUGAUUCUCAUUUGGUCAGUGGUGAAAAUCAUGAGAAAGCAUUUUCUAAGGAGGAAGAAAGGGACUCUGCACCAAAUUCAGAAUUUGACAAGACUUCUUGUGGUUCUCCGACCAUCAUCAGCUCAAGUGAGCCUUCUCAAAUGGAGAAGGAUAACCAUGAGGAAGGUAGGAGUCAUAUCUCUGACGAGGUUGUCAAAGAUAUUCAAUCUACUUCUGAGGACCCAAAAAGGAAAGAUCUAUUGGUAGAAGAUAGCAGCUUCACAUUUAAAGUUAACAUAUUGCCAGAUACGACCGAGAAAGAACCUGCAAAGAGUUGGUCUCCAUUCCCUGAUGUUGAGAAACGCAAGGUUUUCGAGGAGACUGCACCUUCUAGCAAAGGUAAGACCGAAAGAACGACGUUACAGAAAACUCCUCGCCAUAAUGCUCGAGUAUCUGAUGGAGAAAGUGGACCUGUGGGCUCUAGAGGCACAUCUGAACGUAAAGGACGUCGAGGAUCUGCAAAAGGAACUGCCAAAGAGAAUUCUAAGAAGGGGAAUCAAUUGAAGGGUCCAAUUCAGGAAAAUGCAUCCAUGAACGCGGACAAAGUUUCCAAUAUGCAGUUGAGCGCACCAAUUAGCAGUCCACUUGCUCAGUGUGGGCAAAUGCAAGCCUAUGGGAGUAUUGAAGGAAGUAUCAAAAAGCCUUUUGGAGUGGUUGCUGUUCCUUCAUCAAGUUUACCAGAUUUGAAUACUUCAGCUUUGAACAAUUCUACCUCUCCAUCAGCUUCAUUCCGACAGUCUUUCACAGACAUGCAACAAGUUCAGUUGCGCGCACAGAUAUUUGUUUAUGGUUCUCUAAUUCAAGGGACUGCUCCUGAUGAGGCCUGUAUGAUUUCGGCUUUUGGACCGUCUGAUGGAGCACGUAAUUCUUGGGAAUCAAUUUGGCGAGUUGCUGUUGAAAGGGUUCGAAAUCAAAAAUCUAUUUCCAUUGCUGCUGAAACACCUUCCCGUUCACAGUCAGGUCCUAGGGGCUCGGAUGGUGUUAAACAAGGCUCGCAUUCAAGCAAAGUGCUAGCUACACCUGUGAGUAGAGGCACCAACAAAGACACCCCUGCAGCGGCUGUUAAUCCAAUGAUUCCUCUAUCAUCACCACUUUGGAACAUUUCGACACCAACCCGUGAUAGCUUGAUGUCAAAUGCUAUGAACAAAGGCCCUGUUGUGGAUUUUCAACAAUCAGUUACACCUGGGCAUUCUUUUCAGACUCCACCGCUAAGAAAUUUUGUUGCUCAUACAUCUUGGCCACCUCAGACAUGCUUCCCUGCUCCCUGGAUGGCUUCUCCACAAACUGCUGCCUUCAGUUCAAGUGCUCGAUUUCAUCCGGUGACUAUGACUGAAACAGUGAAAUUAACUCCCGUCAAUGACACUUCAGCGGUGUUAACAUCUACUGCAAAGCAUACAACUCCUAGUCCUGCUAUUCAAAAUGUGAGUUCCAGCCCUUUAUUGGGAGGAGUGUCGCCACUGCAAGAUCCAAAGAUAAUGGCCUCAGCUGAGCAGCAUAUUGUAGAUCCAAAGCCUAGGAAGAGGAAAAAGGCUCCUGAUUCUGAUCCUGGCCAGGUCUCCUCAGUCUCUAAGGCUCAAACAGGAGUGGUAAUUUCAGACGUGGCUACUUUUCCAUCCUCAUCUAUAGGUUGUCCACCUCCUGCUUGUCAAACUUCAGAUGCUAUUCUAAGCAAUUUUGUUGUUGAUGCUUCUAGAGUUUCUUCCAUUGAACCACCAAAAAAAGUUGAUGGAGACACAGGAAAAGCUGUCUCUUGCUCAGAAGAAACGUCGAGUAAGGUUGCAGAAGCUAAGAGUCAAGCAGAGAAUGCUGCAGAUCUUGCCACUGCUGCUAUUAAUCACUGCGAAGAUCUGUGGAGCCAGUUGGCUAAGAAGGACUCUGGAUUGACCUCAGAAGCUGAAGUUAAAUUAGCUUCGGCAGCAGUUGCAAUUGCAGCUGCUGCAUCAGUUGCUAAAGCAGCUGCAGCGGCUGCAAAGAUUGCUUGUAAUGCUGCACUGCAAGCAAAGCUUAUGGCUGAUGAGGCUAUUUAUUCCAGUAAAACUGAUUGUUUGGAGCCGUCUAGUGGAAAAUUUUCUAAUGAUGUGCACGAUAUAGGAAAUGCUACACCGACAUCCAUUUUAAAGAGUAAUAAUGUCGGCAGUCAAUCAAGCUCAAUACUUCUAGCUGCAAAGGAAGCUGCUAAGAAGAGGGUUGAAGCAGCUUCUGCUGCAUCAAGACAAGCUGAAAAUUUGAAUGCCAUAGUAAAAGCUGCAGAGCUUGCUGCAGCUGCAGUAUCCCAAGCUGGGAAAAUUGUUGCUAUGGGCGAGCCUUUGCCUUUGAAUGACUUGAUUGAAGCUGGUCCAGAAGGCUGCUGGAAAUCAUCUCAACCUUUUGCAGUGUUGGCGGAAAAGGCAAGGGAUGGGAAUGCUGAACAGUCAGGUGCUGUUAGUUUUGAAAACAAUGCUGAUGUGCCUGCCUGUAGUCCUGUAGAACAUUCUGUAGGGACGGGAAGAUCCAGGAUUGUAGGUGUGGAUGAUAUACAUUCUACAGAGGGAUUGAAUGGCUCCUUGAAUGUCUGCCUGAGUUCAUCAGUUGGCAUCAUGGGCCCCAAACAUAUGGAUAAAAUGGACUUCAGGUCUGGGAUAAACCGUAAUAUUCCUGACGCGUCAAAAUCUGGCAGAGUGGCUUCAAAACCCAAUGCUCUCCAGGGUACCACUAAUUUUAAGAAUGAGCUUGAAGUGGGCUCACUUGCUGAGGAAGAAUUUAAGGAGGGUUCUUCUGUUGAGGUAUUCAAGCCUGGAAAUGGCCUCAAGUCUGCCUGGUACUCUGCAAAUGUCUUGAGUUUAGAAGAUGGAAAGGCUUAUGUAUGUUACAACGAUCUUUUGUCUGAGGAAGGCUCUGGAAAUCUCCGGGAAUGGGUACCUCUUGAAGGUGAAGGGGAUAAAGCGCCUGUUAUACGUGCUGCCCAUCCUUCGACUGCUUUGCAAUAUCAACAAACACGAAAGAGACGCAGGGCUGCUCUUGGAGAUUAUGCUUGGUGUGUUGGAGAUAGAGUUGAUGUGUGGAUUGAUGACUGCUGGUGGGAAGGUGUGGUGACUGAAAAAAAUGAAAAGGAUGACACUACAUUAAAAGUCCACAUUCCAGCCCAAGGAGAGACCUCAACCGUUAGGGCGUGGAAUUUACGGGCAUCACUUUCUUGGAGUAAUGGGAAAUGGAUUGAAUGGUCCUCUUCAAGAAGACAAAAUGCUUCUGAACAGAAUGAUACACCACAGGAGAAACGUCAAAAGCUGGAAAUUCCACAAUCAGCUACUAAAGCUAAAGAUAAAGAAUCAAAUAAUGUGGAUUCUGCUCAGGGGAAACAUGAACAGUCAAAUUCUUUUAAUUUUUCUACUAGUGAGAGAACUUUUGACAUUGGUAAAACUACCAAUGAUGAUAGCAAGCGUGUUGCGCGUCGACCUUUGAGAACAAACGAACAAAAGGAGGGAUCUAGAGGAGUAGUUUUUGGAGUGCCUAAGCCAACUGGAAAGAAGCGGAAAUUCAUGGAAGUCAGCAAGCAUUUUCCGGCAACUAAAAGCAAUAAGAGUGUUGAAGUAAAUGACUCAGCCAAAUUCACAAAAUAUUUGAUGCCACAGGGAGCAGCUCAACGUGGAUGGAAAGCUCCAUCAAGAAAUGAUUCCAAGGAAAAACGAGCAGCUGAAUCCAAGUCUAGAGUUCUUAGCACUCGUAAAGCUCAUCAUCGCACCCUGCCUCUUAAAGAAAACUGUAGGUCUACACUGACUCGAGAUGUUGAAAAUUCGAUGGGUCAUGGAACUGAUGUGGAGGAUUCUGCUGGUCAUGAUAUUACAUCAGAAAAGUUGAUAGACCAUGGCUCGGAUGCCUGUGAAGAUACAUCAGAAGCUCCUUUGUCGUCUUUACUUCCUCAUUCUCUGAGCACUGGAUCUAAGAAGAUCCCUUCAUCAAAUACCAAGUCUGAUAGACUUAAUAGAGUUAAAUUAGGGCCUUCUGGUGGAAAGUUGAGUAAAAUUGAGGAGGACAGAGCCUACUCUGCUAAUACUGAUAAAUCAAACCUGGAUGGUUCCGAGCCUCGUAGAUCUAAUCGCAGAAUCCAGCCAACACAUAGACUAUUAGAAGGUCUACAAAGUUCGAUGGUGAUUCCCAAGAUGCCUUCUGUUUCACAUGACAAAGGUCGUAGGAAUUUGCGAGGAAAAUAACUUUAGGAGACAUUCUAUCGUGAGGUUCAUCCCAAUUCUGGAAGCGAAGAAGGCUGCUGAUUGAUUAUUAGUCCACAGGCAGUCUGUAUAUUUAUAGUUACUUUGUUAGGAGCUAGGACUGGAAUUUCUCAGUUUAGUUUUAGUUGUAAAAUCUGCUCUGUAGAUGUUUAUAUUUGAUUGUAGGUCUUUAAAAUGUGGAUCCUACUCUCGGGUUCCUCACUCAGACAUUUGUACAUGAUUGAGCUUGGUAUAAGGCUUUAAGAUGCCUUUCUAUAGCAUUUUAGUUUUUCAAUGGUUGUCA